AUGGACAAUUGCAAGGCAUUCCAUGAUCGGGAUAUAGUCGCUAUAUGUGACUAUCUUGUCCGUUACUGUAGGCAGCAUAUUAACGGUACACCGACCAUUUCCAGGCAACAUGCGUUUGCGUUCUACAGUUUUCUGCCGACGUUGCUCGUUUAUAUCUUUGGUUCCCCCACGCAGAGGGGAUGGAUCCAAACCGAUACACAGCCAAAGCAGGACGAAUCCAUACGUCAAUUGUUAUCUUACGAAGGCGAUUUCCUGGUGGCCCUUCGAACGCUCAGUAAAGAUCCAGAUUAUACUUAUGAAGUUAUCUCUGAAAGUAUCCCGAACGAUGUGCGUCGCAUACUUACUACGGGGGCCCUGCAACACCUGCCUCGUCUCUAUGCCAAUUGCAUAAAGUUUGUGCGAAACGUGUCUUCCAAUGCAACCGAUGUUCGCGCCGCGGCGACACGACGAUCCAAUAUACCAGCGUCCUCUGCAGGCGAAUACAAAGUCAAACUCAACAUGUACCAGUUCUAUCUGUAUUAUCUUGUCAGCGUGCCUACAUGGCCCCCACUGAUGCCACCCCCCACGACGGUUCCAACACCAGCAUCAGCGCCUCGUCCAUUGUCAACGACAUUACCGUCUAACACACCCUUCAAAUCGCCAUUAACCUACACCUCAAACACAACCAUUGCACCCAUUACAGCUUAUCCCACAGCUGCUUCCCACAUUCCAAGUCUCGCCAAGCCUCCCAUGCCCAUUAGCAAGGCCACCAAUACCUCCCCGUCUUUCCUAUCUUCCGCUUCAAAACCUGCAACAACCACAACCAACCUCCCAUAUCAAGCGCCUGGCCGACUCCGAAGCAUCGCAAAGAGCUGCUAUUAUUCCCUGAUAGAGAAUUACAUGCACGCAUUUAUUCCAAGUGUAGUGAUGCCAUAUGCGAAAUGCUCUUCUGACAUUGGCUCCUUUUUCCUGGACGCAUGUGUAGAAUUAUGGCUUCGGGCGGCGUGGGUGUCUCCUAACCAGAGCUUGCCCCGUGAAUACAUGGACUGUAUCAGCCUGUUCGUAGCCUACGUGGUCAAAGGGGACUUGCGAAGAUGUACGGGUCGGCAACCCGCGGAUACCGAAUAUGCCAUGGUCUACGAUACUGUGCGAGAAGAACUUUACUACCUGUUGUCACGUCUGAUGCUCAAUUGGCGUAGACACGAUGAUUUUUAUCAAGUGAUGAAUCUGUGGUACCUUUGGGCAGCGCCUUGGCGACUAGGUUCAAUCAAGGUGUCCACGGAUACGGCUGCGGAGUCAGUCAUGGAUCGCGGUUGGACAGAUUUCGUUCUGGAGAAUGCGCUGUUCUACUUUCCACCAGUGGAUAUACUUCUCCGACGAGCCUCCACUUUCAACUAUGUAGAGAAAAUGAGAACCGAGAAUCAGGUGAUGGCGCCUGCGAAUCCUUUAGAUCCUCAAAGCAUUGCUGGUCAUUUGCGAACAGUGUUCAAAUUAGUGGAGGUUCUCGCGACGCCGCAACUCAUGGAUGUUUUGGAGCAUAUUGAAGCGAAACUCAUAAAAAUACAUUCGGAGACGACGGGUCCGUUGGCUAAAAGACAAUUUAACGUCCAUACAUUACAGAUAGACGAACUGACCAAGUCCGAAGGGGUAUCCUAUGAAGAAGCGGCGGUGUGGAUUCUUUGCAAGCAAUUAGUGCAACUGGAAGAUAAACCAUGGGAGCCUAUCUAUCUUUACGUAACCAACAAUGCUCGCCGGGCGGAAUCACUGGUCAAGGCGUUGGAAGAGAUGAGACGAGGCAUCUAUUUCGUGAGAAACACGUUGAAGUCUCCCGCUACCAAAUUCCAGCCAGCGAAACCCCUCCUUGCAAAAACGACAAAGAACGUCAAAGACCUCGAGCUGGCUCUUGGACGGCUGCAAGCUCUCUUUAAAACCAACGAAACGACCCCCAAAAGCGCGAUCCGAUCCACGAUUGCCAAUGCUUUGUCUGGCAAGAAACCAUCCCAACGUGCUGGUCCUUCCGUGUAUCUGCUUGCUGGACUAAGCAAUGGAGGUUUUUUAACGGCAGAGGAGAGAGAAGGUGUCAAGAACGGUAAAAUGCGCUGCACGCAUGCCUCGAUCCCUGCCUUGGGCCCUCGUGCUCGAUAUAUUGUCCGUUCCUAUGAAAGUGUGACAUUGGUGCGCUGGACACUGGCCAUUGACGGCUGGCUGAAUCAUUAUUACCACCGGUGGGUAUCUCCAGAUUCCAAAUACUUUCCCGGAAGUCUAACGGUGCGUCCCCUCGCUGCCAAAGUGAACAUGUUUUAUCUCAUCAGCUUCUGGAUAUUAUCAUUACUUGUAUUGUAUAUUGCAUUGUGGUCAUGA